UUGCUGCACAAUUUCAUGCAGAAUUUUACGAUCCUAAUGAAUGGGCUGAUAUAUUUGCUGCAUCUGGUGCAAAAUAUAUCGUUCUCACAAGCAAGCAUCAUGAAGGUUUUACUUUAUGGCCAUCAAAAUAUUCAUUCAAUUGGAAUGCUAUGGAUGUUGGUCCAAAACGAGAUUUACUUGGCGAUCUAGCUAAUGCUAUUCGCAAUCGAACUGAUCUUGUUUUUGGUCUCUAUCAUUCAAUGUAUGAAUGGUUUCAUCCAUUGUAUUUAGAAGAUAAAAAGAAUGGUUUUCAAACACAAUUGUUUCCGAACACGAAAACAUUACCUGAAUUGAAAGAAAUCGUUGAAAAUUAUAAACCUUCAGUUAUAUGGUCUGAUGGCGAUUGGGAGGCAUCAGAUACUUAUUGGAAUUCAACAGGAUUUCUUGCAUGGCUUUAUAAUGAAAGUCCUGUAAAAGAUACAGUUGUUGUCAAUGAUCGAUGGGGUAGUGGAAUUCCAUGUCAUCAUGGUGGUUUUUAUACAUGUACGGAUCAUUAUAAUCCAGGACAUCUUGUUGAACAUAAAUGGGAAAAUUGUUUUACUAUCGACAAACAUUCAUGGGGUUAUAUUCGUACAUCGGGUGCUAAUGAUUAUCUCACUAUUCAAGAGCUUCUUAAUGAAAUUAUUACUACUAUCAGUACUGGAGGUAAUGUAUUGAUUAAUGUUGGUCCAACAUCAUAUGGAAAAAUUGCACCAAUAUUUGAAGAACGUCUUCGACAGAUGGGUUCAUGGUUGAAAGUGAAUGGUGAAGCUAUCUAUAGUAGUAUUCCAUGGAAAUAUCAAAAUGAUACAACAAACAAAGAUGUUUGGUAUACAUCAUCGAAAGAUAAACAAUUUGUUUAUGCAUGUCUUCUUGUUUGGUCAAAAAAUACAACUGAAAUUACAUUAGGUGCACCAGUUAGUUCAUCAAGUACAAGUGUAACACUUCUUGGUUCAGAUGUUGGUCCAUUAAAUUGGCGUCCAGCUAGUGAAAGUGGUGGUAUAAUUAUUGAUGUAUCUAAUAUUAAAACCUAUUCACUUGCAAGUGAUUGGGCAUGGGUAUUUAAAUUGGAAAAUGUUAGUGGUAGCGAGUUAUUAAAUCAAAAUCAGGAUGAUAUCAUCUAUGAUUAUUGA